UGCAAACCAAUCCUCCAGAAAGGAAUCGUUGGGUAAAAGUAAUGGGUUUGCUUCAAAGCCAACCGAAUCUUACUCGUUUCCUCGCCUCCUCAUACUCACAUUGCAUCUCUCUCUCUCUCUCUCUCUCUCUCUCCUAUGCACACCUGUAUUUUAUAUUUUUAGGCCUAUAUAUAACUUCCCAAGGUUGGAAACGCAAGACUGGCAAAGCAAAUUCACGGUUACUGUUCACGGGGUCUGCUUUUUGCUCUACUUGAAACCCUCUCUCUCUCUCUCUCUCUCUCUCUCUCUCUCUCUCUCUCUCCAUUCACUAUAUUAACUCCCACUCUCUAGCUUUUGCUUCCUACAUCACCCUCUUUCUCUUAUCUUUUUCUCUCUCUCUAUUAGAAAAUUAAGGUGCUGAUAGAUAGAGAUGAUGAUGGAAGCUCAAGAAGAAGUGAUGGGGUAUAAGGAUCACACACAAAUAAUCAAAGGCAAACGUACUAAGCGCCAAAGGCUACCAUCCCCACUUAGGCUAACUAUGGCUACGACCUCAUCUAGUGGUGGUGGUGGUGAGGGUAGUAGUACUGGUGGUGUAAGAAUUUACGAUUAUUCUGGUGGACUUGAACGUGCUGUGGCUUCUCCUACCACCUCAGUUGAAUUCGCAGAAAGUACAGAAGAAGAGGAGGACAUGGCCAAUUGUUUGAUUCUUUUGGCUCAAGGACAUAGCCGAAAAGUCUCAUCAUCAGAGCCUGUGGCUACAACAAAUAAUAGUGAUAAAGCAGCAGCAGCAGCCGGGUCACAUGCGUUCCAGUGCAAGACUUGUGAUCGGUGCUUCCCUUCGUUCCAAGCGCUCGGUGGACACAGAGCCAGUCACAAGAAACUUAAGGCUAAUACAGAAGAGAAGAAAUUGGUUUUGGUUGUGGAUGAAGAAGAUGAUCAUCGAUUUAACAGUACUAGCACAACCCUUUCAUUGCAAACAGCUAAUAGGGUUCAGUGUAAUAGUAAUAAUAACAAAGCUAAGGUUCAUGAGUGUUCGAUAUGUGGCACUGAGUUCUCAUCUGGCCAAGCCUUAGGGGGACAUAUGAGGCGGCAUAGAACGUUUAUUAGUCCAACUGCAACAACCAUGAGUGUGGGAGCAAGUAGUCCUGAUCAGUCUCUUGAAGCCAAGAAACAAAGAAACAAUAUUGUACAAUUGGAUCUUAAUCUUCCAGCCCCAGAAGAUGAUCAAAGAGCCGAUUCCAAGUUUUCAUUCAUGUCGAAAGAUCGAGUCCUCGUCUUCUCGGCCUCUUCUUUGGUGGAUUGCCAUUACUAAAGUGCAACUAGUGAAUUAUUGACAUUAUUUUUACUCAUGUUGUUCAUAAUUAAUUGUUCAUUCUUUUAAAUUCUUUUGAUGUCUAUGUUCAUGAAAUAUAGUUGAAAUUCAAUUCUUUGGGCAA